GAGCCUCUUUACUAUCAAGAACUGUUCUUGCACCCUCAAUAAAUUUUGACAGUUGGGAGUGUUGAAAAAAAUACCCCGCGCUUGGCCUUAUUUACUUCUCCCGAAUGUCGCGGCUUCUGCAUCAAAUGCUGAUCACACUCCCCAUUGAACCCUGCCUGCGUGUGACCCCUUUCUCUGGAGCUCUCUUUACGGACCGGUCUCUCGUUCGCAGCUUGUUCCGAGCUUAAUGGAUGCAAUGCGCGGGCUCCUCCUCACGGCUCUUCUCGUUCUUGCAGCUGCCACUGAUGGCGCUCGAGGAGAUGCCAUGGUCACGGGCACUGUCUUCUGUGACCAGUGCAAGGAUGGUCAGAGAUCCUUCUUUGAUUACCCGAUUUAUGGAAUUAAGGUUACGGUGGUGUGCACCAAUAGCGACGGCCAAGUCACGAUGUCGAGAGAAGAGACCACCAGCUGGUUUGGGAACUACGCCAUGAGGUUCGAUGGGACUCCCGACCUGAGCACUUGCCAUGCACAAGUGAUGGGAGGGAGCGAUCAGGGGUCUGUGGGAUGUUCAGCAUCGGCCGGUCCUGCGCAGAGCCUUAGGCUCAUGUUCCAGAUGUUCGACAUGGAGUUCUAUUCGGUGGACUCCUUGCUCUCUCAGCCCGCGAAGCCCAUGUCCUUCUGUCCACAGUCUCCUGCACCGGUCACGCCGGCCUUGCCGUCGCCGGUGGCCGUGCCAUCGCCAACAGCCGUGCCAUCGCCAACAGCCGUGCCAUCGCCAACAGCCGUGCCAUCGCCGACGGCUGUGCCAUCGCCAACAGCCGUGCCAUCACCGACGCCAGCCUUCAAGCUCCCUCCCAUGCCCCCACUGCCGCCAGCCUUCAAGCUCCCUCCCAUGCCCCCACUGCCGCCAGCCCCUUUCGUGGAAGCUUCGGCUUGCCCACAUGAAAAAUGGAUGAUGCCGGAAUACAGAUGUUACUGGAGGGCGGUCAACCCUGACACCAAGGUGGCUCUGGUCUUCGGCUUAAUGGUGGCUCGAAGGUAUGGCACUGAUCUGACGCUGUGGCAGGGCCUCCAGGGCCGGGGCGACCCGUACAGGACCCUCCUGAGGGAGAGUACCGCCGCGCUCCUCAACUCCUACAACAGCAUUCAGUUCCCUUAUCACACCCUUGGCGUGAUCCAGCACAUGAACUGGGCCCUGAUGGGCUCGACGCAGAAUGUCCUCCGCACAGCGCUGCGCUUCAGGAGGGCUAACUCUGGUUAUGGCACCACCACCUGCAGAUUCACCCCUUGCAAGUGAUCACAAUAUAUCCAUCCAAGGUUAUAUGGAUAGGAUUUGGAUAUUACCUAGCUGAGAUCUUAUUAGACACUUAAAAUAUUUUGCAGGGCUAUUUUAUGCCUGUGCUACUAUGCCACUCUUCUCUAUGCUCUGUGCCAGCGGAGAUUUCCGUACUCUAAUGUAUUGGUAAUUUUCUGGUUUGGAGCAAAUAAGAGUCAUUCUGGACCACCUUUCGUAGUUCACAUAUUUAUUAGAAAUGGAUCAUCUUUGAAGUCGAA